UAAUAUUUCCAAAUUGGGACCAUGGAAAAUAAAAUAAACCAAAAUGCAUUAAAAUAAAUAAAAAAACGCAUAAUUAAGAGAGAAAGAAUCUUCUCCCACUAUUUAUAAGCACCUCUCAACCCCCUUCCUCCAACUCCCCAUUCAUUUUUCAAAAGUCACAAAACCUUCCUAACUUCACAACCACCAUGGUGGUUUUAUCAGAGAAGAGCCAUCCCUCUCUCUCAAACGUGCCUACGAUCGAUCUCUCAUGUGGAAAGAGAGGGGCAGUUUCAGAAUUAUUGGUUAAGGCAUGUGAGAGCCAUGGGUUCUUCAUGGUCAGGAACCAUGGAGUCUCUCAAGAUUUGGUGAAGAAGAUGGAGAUGGAGGCUUUCCGAUUCUUCGCAUUGCCGGAGUCUGAGAAGGAGAAGGUUGGUCCGGCGAAUCCCCUUGGCUAUGGUUGUCGAAAAAUCGGAUUGAAUGGCGAUGUGGGGCGUGUCGAGUACCUUCUUCUCCAUACGCGUGCCUCCUACCCGAUUCGAUUAAGUCAUGCAGCCAAGGAGUACAUUACUGCAGUAAGAGACCUAGCAUGUCAAAUUUUGGACCUCAUAGAAGAGGGAUUGGGACUAUGUGAUACUAAACUUCUCAGCAGUUUGCUACGAGACUGUGAAAGUGACUCAGUCUUUAGGCUCAAUCACUACCCACCUUGUCGAGAUCUAAGCGCCCCCUCACCUCGAUAUGCAAUCGGAUUCGGCGAGCAUUCGGACCCUCAAAUCCUUACCAUCCUUCAUUCAAAUGAAACGCCAGGGUUGCAAAUUUCUCUACAAGAUGAGAACUGGAUCACCAUCCCUCCUGACCCGACCUCCUUUUGUGUUAAUGUUGGGGAUGCUUUGCAGGUUUUGACUAAUGGGAGAUUCAAAAGUGUAAGGCAUAGAGCCUUGGCUAAUGGGUUCAAGCCCAGGCUGUCCAUGGUCUACUUUGGUGCACCUCCCCUACAUUCAUAUCUCUCUCCUUUACCCCAAUUGGUUAAUGAAGAACAUCCAAGCUUAUAUAGGCUUUUUACUUGGUGUGAGUACAAGAAGGCCACAUAUUCACUAAGAUUAGGUCAUAAUAGACUUGAUCUUUUUAGGGCACAUGAGCCAAGGAUGUUAAUUGAUAAGGACUUGUAAAGUGAUUUUGGGCUUUGCUUUUGUUCUUUGUAUUUGUUGUCGCACGCUUGGUGGGGGGUAUGCAUAGGUGCAAAGAUGUAUAGUAGUAGACAAAUAUAAGAAAACAAAGUGUUGGGCAUUUUCUUUUUGAAGAAAGGACAGAGAAA